GGUCACAUGAUUUCAGAGAAUCGUCUCAGAGACAGUGAAACUUAACAGGACAGACUGAGGUCAGAGCUGCUGUGACUGCUGACACCUCAACAGUGCCUCUCAGCAGCUCGUCUCUCCACUGCUCCUCGUCAGACGAUCAGAACACAUCAGCUGAAGAGAACCCUCUCUCUCUUCACACUUCCAAGAUGGCGUAUUCCACUCAAUGGUUCCAUGGCUCACAGCUAUGUGGAUAUGUGUUCAGCCAUCAGACUGUCUACAGAUGCAGCUCUGUAGUGCCGCAGCACCCGGAGUUGAUAAAACUGGCCCAAGCUGUGAUUGGUCCCUUGAAGAGUGGGCUUCAAUCCUUCAACACCGUCACAGACUUACUCCUCAGCGUGAAUGCAGACAUCGUCUAUCCUGGAUGCCAGACCUUUGAUGAGAUCAGGAGAGAGAUUGAAAGCAUGAAGCAGAAGUUAGAAAGAUCAGAGCAGGUGGCCAAACAGGAGCUUCUAAAGCUGGAUGGGGACACUGAGCGUCUCACUGCAGAGCAGAGUUGGUUAGCCAAGGAGAAACAGAAGAGAGAGGGGGAGUUACAGAAUUAUAGAAUAGAGCUGAAGUCACAUCAGGAGUCUUUAGAGAGGAAUCAGGAAAAACUGAGACAAGCGAGAUGUCGUGUGAGGGAGGCAGAAAAGACCUAUGACAAAAUGAAACGGAGGAGAGAUGAGGCCGAGACAGCGAGGAAUGUUGGGAUUGGUCUCAUGGUGAUCCCAAUCGCCGGAUGGAUCGCUGGGUCAGUCUUGGCUGUUGCUGGCCAGGUAGACAUGAAUCAGGCCUCUGACUUGAUGGAGUCCGCUAGGAGUGAAGUACGUGAAUUUGAAUCUCAGGAGGAAACGUUCUCUAGCAAUGUAUCUGAGUAUGGCUCCAAAAUUAGUCAGAGUCAGGCCAACAUUCAAACUACAGACGAUAGGAUUCAGACAGAGGCCUCACUGAAGGACUUGUCCAAGAAGGGAGGUGGUUGCUGA